GACUCGUGAUUGACGUUUGAUUCUGAUUACGAAAAUUCUUCUAAAAGAGAGUCGAAAUUUACUCUUGCUUCUUGCUCUAUUUGCAGACUAAUUAACUACCUGAAAUUGUGAAAAAAGUCAACAUUAUGAUUAUGUGCAGAACCUGUCUUAAAACUCCAGCCGAGAAGCAUAUUUCGGAUCUGGAAAAUGGCAUAAAAGAGUGUAACAAAAACUGCUUCGAAAUUAUGAUGUUUUGUUUAAAUAUCGAGGUUACCGAAGACUCCCAAAUAACAUCCAAUUUGUGUACCAACUGUUAUAGAAAAAUCAUAUCGUUUUACAAAUUUAAGGAUCUGUCUCUGAAAAAUGAUUUAUAUUUGAAGUCACUGGAUUCAGUUGUACAGUUGGAAGACCAGAAACUGUCUGUGUAUGUGGAUGAAAAUGGAAUUAAACAUGAGAAUUUACUAGACUCUGAUGAUUUUGGGCCAAUCCUACUAGGGGACUAUGAUACAGAAUUUAAAGUAGAAAUCAAUGUUAAGUGCAACAACUCUGAGGAAGACGGAGAAACAGAUUUUAAGGAUAACAACUCAUAUGAUGAUGAAGAAAAAGAUUUUAUAAGAGAUGAAAAUAUAUCACAUAAUGGGAAGGUAGAUGAAAACCACAAAAGUGUUGAACAAAAAGUUAAACUUAAAAACAUUGUAAAAGAUAUCAAAGAAAAUGCACUUAAAAAACUUGGCCGUCGCAAAAAAGAUAAAUCACAAAAGAAAGAAAAAUGGAAACCACAGCGGCAGGUGUGCGAGGAGUGUGGCAAGUCAUUCCUCAACCUCAAAGAACAUGCCCUUCAGCAUCAGCCCAAGGAAAAGCGUCAGAAGCUGGAGUGCAAGGCGUGUCCCAAGAGCUUUUUCAGUAUUGGGGGCAGAAGAAAGCAUUACCUGGUGACACAUUUAGGGUUCAAGGAAAAAUGUGACAUUUGUGGUAAAGAGGUAACCGGUUUGAAGCAUCACCAGAAAUUGGUCCACAACCCGAGCGCACUACCCUACGGCUGUGUGCAGUGCGAGCGCCGCUUCGUAGGCCAGUCUGCACUGGACGCACACAUGGUCACACAUACCAAGGACCUGCCGUUCGAGUGUGAUGUGUGUCAGAAGAGGUUCGGCUCUAAGAACUCAGUAUCAAGGCAUAUAAGUCAGGUCCACGAAAAAAUAAGAACGCAUCAAUGUCAGUUUUGUUCAAAAGCUUUCUUCAAGAUAGAACGCCUGAGAGCGCAUGUAAGAUCGCACACGAACGAGCGUCCCCACAAAUGCGAGGAGUGCGGCAAGGCGUUCUCAACGGCCCAUUACUUGAAGGAGCACGCGCUCAUCCAUGGCGCCAAACACUUCCAGUGCCAGCACUGCAGCAUGAGCUUCGCGAAGCGGGGGAACUUGGCGACCCACAUGGUGAAGCACACGAAGGAGAAGCGCUACCCGUGCGCGUUCUGCGGCGCGCGCUUCGGCCGCUCCGACCACCGCAACCGGCACCAGCUCACCGCGCACAAGAAACAGCGCGCAGCCGACUGACGACUUUAUUGCUAGGGAAUAAGGCUCGAAUUCACGCGGCGGUUUUAACACAGACAGUUAAAUUCAAUUAAAGAGGAACAUCUUGAAGCACAACGACAACAGUACAGAUCAUGAUCAACUGCACAGGAUUUUUCUCGCCGGGGAAAACCAAACAUCAUCAUCAUACCAACAUAAUAUGUACUUGUAUUACACUCGACUAACCGCAGAGGACAAACGUCUGAAUAUUUACGGAUAAUCGAUAAUCAUAUCUCAAAAAAACAUCUCCGAAAAAUCUAAGUAAAUGAGUCCGCCAACAA